AUGCCUCCCAAUAAGAAGAAGAAGAAGCCAGCGUCGAAUCCGGCUCGAGGCUUUGCCACCGUUUCAGUUCCUUCGAGACCGAAAUUAGCCGAUUCGACUGCUGUUUCGUCCACAGCAGAUUCAUCAGUCGCACCGUCCGAAGGCGAGAAGUCACCCACUUCGGCAGCAGAGACUCCGCAGGAAAAAAAGGCAGGCAACGACAACGAGAAGAGUCUGGAACAUCUUUCGCCGGAGGAGCUCGAAAGCCACUUUGAAGACGCAGAGCUCCAGUCUCUGGUGGACAAAUAUGCGUCCAAGUGCAAAAGCGAGGCGAUUCGCCUAGUUUCCAAACUGGAAACUGAGCGUCGAGUGUUUAGAUCCCAGGCCAAUAUUCUCAGCUUGCACGAGUGGAUGCCCAAGGAGAUCCUGGACAAGGUUCUUUCUUACGCUGUAGCAGAGCAGAACAACCGGGACCCUUUGUCCGAACGGGACCUGGAUGGUUCGAAAGAGGAAGAAUUAACUACAAGACUUUGGACUCUAAGAGACAUUUUCCAGAAACUCCAGUUCUCUCAAGACCGGGUAGAGGAAAUUCUAAAGAACUUGAUAGUUUACAAUCCCAGUCUUACAGGUGGUAAUAAAGACAUAUCUUGGGUCGUUGAUGAGUCUCUAAGCUGGCUGGCAUUGCAAUGCAGCCCUUCUGAGCUAUCACCCUAUGACAAGAAGGAAACUGCACAACUUAAGACUGAGGACGGAAUAACUUCAUGGAUCAACGGCGGUAAAGAACGCUCUGCAAAUCCAUCUUCUGCUCAGGGCAAAGACGAGUGGAAAAAAGCAAAAGCUCAGUCAUCAGCUGUCAAGGCUCCGCAGCCUACCUUUGACGAUUCAGAUGACUCUGUAGACCCUGAGGAUUUUGUCGACGAGUACGUUUCGCUCCAUAGCCGGCUAUAUCAAAUACAGCCUCAACUAUUUGACCAGCCUACAAAGGGGCCGAAAAAGGCAGCACAAAAGCGCGCUACAGAUGAAACAGACCCUCGAUCAAAGCGCAUAUUACACAAACUGGCGAAAAUCCAAAACGAUGUCCUUUUCGAUCAGCACGAAGCGGAGAUUAAAUGGCUAGAAAAGCUCAACGAUCUUAGGAAAGAGACGGCGUUUACCAGGGAAAAAGAACGUCCGAUCGAGAAACCUGUUGUUCCUCCCAAGGAAACCGAGCCUGAAAAGGUCGAUGAACCUCUUUUGGAGUCUACCGAAUCUGGCGACGAAGGCCUUUUUGGUGAAAUGUUUGCGGCCGACGUAAACAAUGGACCGUCCUCCUUCCUAGAAACUCCCAACUCUCACCAUUUGCUGCGCGACUUUGGCAAACCAUCUGGGCUUAACCCCCGCAGAGUGUUAGAGGAGGCAUGCAAGGCAAGAGAUCCGGCAUCAAAGGUUGUCUUUCAGGAUUUAUCGGUGUCAACCUACUCGAAUAGAAAAGCAGUCGAAAUACAAUGGUCGAAACCGCAAGAAGAGCCAUUCAGUGUGUCGGUGGAAAGAGUGACCAUUCGGUCUAAUCCUUUCACCGUGUUUGCCUCAAUGGAUACUAUCGCAACCUCGACGUCUUUACAAGCAGAGGGAUAUGCUUCUACUCUCGGUCUCUUUCUGAUUUCAGGUUCAAAUACAAAAGAAGGCAAGGCCUAUCUUCGCCUUCCGGCAGUGUGGAGGGAACUUUGGACAGAGUUUUCUGAAACCAAAAAGCAACAAGAAGACGAGACCGACAAGGCACAAAUUAAACGUUUGAGAGAUCUGGUCCGGGACAAUCAUGGCAAAUUCGAAAACGAUGUUGUCUUGUCUGAGAAUUUCAAGAGGAGAAAUGGGAAUUCCAAACCCGCCGAACCAGCUGAAGCCAUUCAAGAUGCCGGUCAACGUGUUUCUGCAGAAAAACUAACUCGUCUGUGGAAGGAAAAGUCAUCAAACCCUGCUUUUCAGAAAAUGACGGAAUCGCGCAAAACUUUACCUAUCUGGGCUCACAAACAGGAGAUUUUAGACACUCUAGAAAACAACCAGGCCGUUAUUAUCUGCAGUGAAACCGGAAGCGGCAAAAGCACUCAGAUUCCAUCUUUUAUCAUGGAAAAUGAGCUGGCGAAUGGCCGUGAGUGCAAAAUAUAUAUCACCGAGCCUCGAAGGAUAUCGGCAAUCUCCCUCGCACGACGAGUCAGUGAAGAGCUCGGUGAGAAGUCCCAUGAAGUUGGAACCGGCAGGUCGUUGGUUGGAUAUGCAAUCAGGUUGGAGAGUAAAAUUACUCAGAGUACAAAGUUGAUAUUUGCAACAACAGGUGUUGUUGUACGCAUGUUGGAACGGCCUGGUGAUUUUCAGGAUAUUUCUCAUAUUGUGCUGGAUGAAGUGCACGAGAGGAGUAUUGAUGGCGACUUUUUGCUUAUUGUUCUCCGACGCCUUUUGGCCCAGCGACCAGACCUGAAAAUCGUGCUCAUGUCUGCGACUGUGGAUGCUCGACGGUUUUCAAACUACCUUGGCGGGGCGCCAGUUCUCAACAUACCUGGACGAACUUUUCCGGUAGAAGUCAAGUAUCUUGAAGAUGCGAUUCACCUGACGAAUCAUCGAGUAGAUGACCAGCAAUCGGGCCGUGUAGUUGACGAUGACGAUGAGGACUAUUCCUCGGAAGGACCUCGUAAUGACGAAACCACUCGAAGCUUAAGAGCGUCGCUCAGUGGGUAUCCCCCAAAAACCAAAGAGACUGUCUUGAAAUUUGACGAAUACCGGCUGGAUUAUCGUCUCGUGACAAAGCUCUUGGUCUCUAUCGCAACGAGACCGGAGAUGAAACAAUACAGCAAGGCGAUUCUUGUUUUCAUGCCGGGUUUGGCAGAGAUCCGUCGAUUGCAUGACGAAAUCGGAGUAGAGGCGACGUUUAACCAGGGAUGGAUCUUACAUACACUUCACUCGUCCAUCUCCAGCGAAGAUCAGGAGAAGGCGUUCCUCGUGCCGCCGGAAGGAAUGAGGAAAAUUGUGAUUGCCACGAAUAUUGCCGAGACUGGUAUUACGAUUCCAGACAUUACUGCUGUGGUGGAUGCCGGAAAGGAGAAGGUUAUGAGGUUCGAUGAGAAGCGGCAAUUGUCACGACUGGUGGAAUCUUUCAUCUCUCGAGCCAAUGCCAAGCAACGUCGAGGACGAGCUGGUCGAGUUCAAGCGGGAUUGUGUUUUCAUCUUUUUACGAGGUAUCGACACGACGAUCAGCUGUCUGAACAACAAACGCCAGAAAUGCUACGACUUUCACUCCAGGACCUUGUUCUUCGCGUCAAGAUAUGCAAUUUGGGAGAAGUUGAGGAGACGCUUCUUGAAGCAAUGGACCCGCCGUCUUCCAAGAACAUACGAAGAGCUAUUGAAUCGCUAAAAGAAGUCAAGGCGCUUACAAGCACAGAGGGGUUGACGACGUUAGGAAAACAGCUUGCAAAACUGCCACUGGACGUAUUCCUUGGGAAGCUGAUCAUCUACGGAGCCAUUUUCAAAUGCCUCGAUGCGUGCGUCAGUAUCGCAGCGAUUCUAUCAUCCAAGUCACCGUUUGUGAAUACAAUUGGAUCAAACACUCAGAAAGAUCUAGCUCGAGCAUCUUUCAAACGGGGGGAUUCUGAUUUAUUGACGGUGUAUAAUGCAUACUGUUCAUGGCGGAGGACCAAAAACACACCGGGGGUAAACGAGUAUUCCUUUUGCCGGAAGAAUUUCCUGAGUCCUCAGACUCUGUUGAAUAUUGAAGACAUCAAGAGCCAGCUGCUGGUUAGCAUUGUGGAUGCAGGGAUGUUGAAACUGGACGCCGACGAGCAAGCGUCGCUUCGACGAGCCCGAAUCACCAGCCGCAACCGGCACUUUUUCACCGUGCCAGAACGAGUCGACAUCAACAGCUCAAACGACGUUGUGGUCAAUUCUGUGAUAGCAUGGAGCUUCUAUCCAAAACUUGUCGCGCGCGAGGGCAAAGGAUGGCGCAACGUCGGCAACAACCAAACCGUCACGCUCCAUCCGACGUCGGUCAACAAACGGGCAGAAUCUACAAUUAAAUGGCUCUCGUUUUACCACAUGAUGCAAGCGCGCAGCAAGCUCUACAAUGCGCACGAGACGAGUGCGGUGGAGGAUUUUGCGGUUGCGAUGCUAUGCGGGGAUGUUGAGUUUAAGAUGUACUCUGGCAUGAUCUCCAUCGACAACAACCGGAUCCGGUUCGCAGUGCGCGAUUGGAAGCAGAUGGUGGCGUUCAAGACGCUGGCGAGCCGGGUGCGCGAGGUGAUGACAGAAAUUAUACGGAGGCCACAGAGGGCGCUGUCGCAUCAGCAGCGCGAGUGGAUGGAGGUGUGGCAGCAGAUAUUUACGAGACGGGAUGUACAUGUCUAA